AUGUGCAGCCGUACACUCGUAUGCUGGUGGUGGCCCAUGUCUCAUAUAUAUAGGGUGAGGAGUGCAUGUGAAUGUGUUUGUAAGGGAGAAUUACUUUAUGCUAUUGGGAGGGAUGCAAAUGACAAGAUAUAUCCUAUUGCUUGGGCAGUGGUUAAUGUGGAGAACAAGCAGAAUUGGAAGUGGUUUUUAGAGCUUCUAAUUGAUGAUCUAAACUUGAAUUUAGGGAAUGGUUUCAGUUUAAUGUCAGACCAACAUAAGGGUUUGAUAGAGGCUGUUAAAGAGUUGUUGCCAUAUGUAGACCACAGGCAGUGUGCUAGACAUAUUUGCCAAAAUUUGCAGAAGAGAUUUACUGGUGCCAUAUAUCAUACCUUGUUUUGGAGAGCAUCUAAAGCCACAACUGAGCAUGUUUUUAAAUUUAUGAUGAAAGAAAUUGAGACAUUGAACCUAGAUGCCCAUCAAUAUCUCAUGGAGAAAGAUCCUAAAACAUGGUCAAGUGCUUUCUUUCAAACUGGAAGGUGUUGUGAUGCAGUUGAAAAUGGGUUCUCAGAAAAGAUAAGGGAUAAGGUGAAUUUGCUUAAAAAGCUCAAAGGCAUUAUCAGGUUGUGGCAAUUGAAUGGAUAUGGAUGUGCUCAUUUUGUAGCUAGCAUAUCCUUUCUUAAUAGGGAUGUAGAAGCGUAUGUAGACAACAUGUUUAGCAGAACCACAUUUAGGAAGGCAUACAAUUACAAAAUUUCUCCCAUGAAUAGCAGUGAUAUGUGGCCAAAGACAAACUAUACUCCACCAUUGCCUCCUAUUAAUAGAAGGAUGUUGGUAGGCCAGCUACUAUGGGAAGAAAUCCAUUAUAGAGAAUACAGGAACACACAGGGUUCUAAGGCUGGAAAGAAAAUCAGAUUUAGUAUUUGCAAGGAGAUAGGUCACAACAAGGCCACUUGUCCACAGAGAAGGCCCUAA